AUGUAUAAUCGGCUUGGUGUUGAAGGAGCAAAAUUGAUUGGAAAAUUGUCUCAGUUGACUAUUUUAAAUAUCAGUAAUAAUCAGAUUGGGGAUUUAGGAGCUCAAUCAAUAAGUGAAUUGAAACUACUAAAGGAGCUUUUUGCUGAUAACAAUCAAAUUGGCAAUACAGGAGUCAGUUUUAUAAGCCAAUUGAAACAAUUACUCAAACUUUCACUGAUGGGAAAUUAUUUUGACAAUGAAGGUGUUUAUUCAAUUAGUAAAAUGGACCAAUUGACUGAACUGGAUAUAGGAACGAACAAAAUCGAUGAAAAAGGGGCUCAAUAUAUUGGUGAAAUGAAACAAUUAAGGAAACUUUUCAUUUCUGGAACUCAAAUUGGUUCAGAAGGAGCUAAAGCCAUCAGUGGAUUACCAAAUUUGACCAAUUUAAAUAUUGGAUACAGUCAGAUUGGGAUUGAAGGUGCAAAAUAUGUUUGUGGAAUGCAUCAAUUAACUCAACUUGGAAUUGGAAACAGCAGAAUUGGAGUUGAAACAGCUAAACUAAUUGGUCAAUUGAAACAUUUAACUUUUUUGGUGAUUGAAGGUAAUAAUAUAGGUGAUGAGGGUGCAAAAUAUAUUAGUGAAGCUAAAUUGAAGAAAUUAGUAAUUAGCAAUGGAAGAAUUGGUGGAGAAGGCGCUCAAUAUAUUGCUAAAUUACAUCAAUUAACUAAUCUUGACAUUAGUUGUAAUAAUGUGGAUACAGCAGGUGCUAGAUCAAUAAGUAAAUUACCCAAUUUGACAAUACUCGAUAUAAGUGUCAAUAAAAUUGGAUCAGGAGGAGCAAGAUUGAUCAAAGGAAUGACCCAAUUGACCAAAGUCAUUCAAUAA